AUAUCCACUGGAAGUGACGGCAAUACAUGAUGUGACACUGGAGAAUACUAUCGAUUCUAUAGUGGUAGCCUUUAUUAGUGGGUUUGUUUCUUUUUUUUCUCUUUCUUGUGUGGUAUGCAUACAAGUAGUACUAGUAGUGUGUAUAUACUUGCUUGUUAUUAUUACAAUUUAUGGUCUGUUGUUGACAUCGCAAAGUCUGGAGAUAAACCAAACCCCGCUUAUUUUUUUCUCCUCUUUUUUUUCUUUUUUUUUCUUCUUUUUUCCCCCCUUCUCUCACAUCCUAUUAAUUCUCGUCUAUUUCUUUUAAAUCCCAUCAAGAUCAUCUGUAGCUUUCCAAAUCGCAUCCCUGUUGUUGGGUCUUUUUGUCCAUAUUAAACCAAUAUAUAUCAUCGCUUGGUUCUUAUCUCAUCCUGGCACGUGCGGAAAGCGGAUUGUGGCUGCAUCUCGCCUGGAAAAGAAACAAGGUAUGUUUU